AUGUCCAAUACUGUGUUCGAUGAUAUAUUUGUUGUGAACGAUGUGGAUCCAGGGAGAUACAACAAAGUAUCGCGUAUAGAGGCAACUUCGACAACGCAGGAACAGUGUAAGCUGUCACUAGAUGUAAAUACGGACCUUUUUCCAAUUCAACUACAAGACCAAGUUUCAAUUGCUGUUGCGACUUCGUUGAGCCUGGAUAAAACGACACAGGACUCUUCUGCAACUAGAAGUUGGAAACCUCCACAGCCUAAUGAAAGAUCUUUAGCGGACGAUUACGACUACGUCGUUUAUGGUGUAUCAUAUAAAUUUGAAGAGGUCAGUAAGGAUUUAAUCGCUGUUUACUUUUCAUUUGGUGGUCUACUGAUGAGACUAGAGGGCAACUAUAGAACUUUGAACAAUGUCAAACAAGAAAAUGCAUACCUAUUGAUUCGUCGUUAG